AUGGCUCUUCUGUGGCUUCCACUCCUUCUGGGGGCGGCACCCCUCGCCCUGGCCACCUGUGCUGACAACUGCGCCCGUGCCUUUAAGGGCGAUCGUGCCACCGGCGUGGCUCCGUUCUGUAGCUCUCUGCUCCAGACCACGGUGCUCGCCCCCUCGGGCUUCCCGUGCUAUGCCACCGCUUGCACGAGCGGGGAUUACGUCGCUCGAGUUAGCAGCGCCUGCUCUUGCAUUCUGGCCACAGCCACGUCGCCAACAGUCACCGCCAGCAGCUGCCCGACCCAGUCGACUGAGACGGUCACCGUCACCGCUACUGCCACCGAGGCAGCUUCGACCAUCACCUCCGUGUCUGUCGAGCUGUCGGUGACCACGACGGUGUCCAUCUCGACUGAGAUCUCCACCGCGACCGAGCUCUCGACCGUCACCUCCGUCUCUAUCUCCACCGAGAUCUCUACCGUCGCGACUACCUGCCCUGCCGCGCCGACCUCGACUGUCUACCCCUCAAACACGUGCGGGCGCUUCGUCAACGGCGACUUCGAGUCCAGGCCGGACAGCGCGGGAGCGUACUACUCCGAUCCGAUGAUGCCUUGGAUCCCCUUCCUUAACCAGCAGGGUGGGGCUGGUAGUGCCAACGUGUACCUGUCCCCAGGCUCCGGCCGCGGCGGCAGCACCGCUGCCCAGGUCUACUGCAGCGCGUACGACUUUAUGCCGCCGGUCGCGCCCGAGUCGGUCAGCACCGGCAUCGAGCAGUGGGCGCAUCUCUGCUGGAACCAGCCCGGCUUCAGCUACCAGGUCACCGGUUACUUCCAGAGUAGUGUUCCGGGUGCGGUGGGUCUAGCCAUCGAUAUCGCCGGCUGCCAGAGGACAGGGCCUUGCGAGUCAACCACCUACGUUGCUACGAUUACGGAAGCCGAAGACGGCUGGAGCUACUUCGAGAUUCCUGCCUGGGCGCCAAAGUCUUACUUUGAGUAUUACGCCCUGGUUACGAUCAGGAGCGCGCCUGUCAGCGGGACGCCGACGCCGGACGAGUAUACUCUCUACUUCGAUGACAUUGUUCUCACGGCAAUCAAGAGCAACGGUGUUCCUGCUUAA